AUGGCGCAUGACAGCGGAGGCGGGACCGAGGGCUCCCCACAGCACACACCGUCACCGCCGCACGCGCCGCGUCUUCCGCUUGCCGAAACCAGCUUCCACCACCAGAUUAUGCAGAAUCAGAACCCAAGAAAGAACCAUAUUGCUGAGCGGGCGAAACAGACAUUAGAGAAUAGUUUCCUGUUGCAAUUAAAGAAGCAGCAGCAGUUGCAGCAAGAGAUCCUAUUACAACACUUUCAACAACAACGCCAGCAGCUGGCCCAAGAGCAUGAACAGCAACUCAUGCACCAUUUGAAGGUAAAUUUAUGGGAGCAGCAAAAAGCAAUGGAGGAGGCGGCUCGGCGGGAGGCCAGAGAGGCGAGGGAGGCCCACGAAGCCCGGGAGGCCAGAGAGAGGCACGAGAGGGACCGCGUCGAGCUGCUGAGGAAAAAGGACAAGCACGAACAUAGUGCGAAUGCCUCUACCGAAGUCAAACAGAAACUGCAACAAUUCCUGAAGAAGAAACAGGCUAGUGCAAAUGGAACAGUACCUGGAUCAUCCUACAGAAAUUGGGGUAUAGUGAAGUCGUCAUCAGGCGAGUCGAUAACGUCGACAGGCGCGACCGCGACGCACCCUUACCGCCUGGCGGCGCCACUGCCGCUGGCGCUCAACGCCGCGCCCCCCAUCCCCUCGCCGGCAGACUACCCGCUCAGGAAGACAGCGUCGGAGCCGAACAUGCUGAAGGUGCGUCUGAAGGCGCGUGUCAUCGAGCGCCGCGCCUCGCCGCUGGCGCGCAGGCCUCUCAAGACGCGCGUCAAGCACCGCAAUUGCGAGGGCGGGUCCCCCCGAGGCUCCCCUCCUGGCGCUGGGAGCAUCACGGGCGUGGGCACCACGGCUCCGAUCCGCGAGGAGGAAGAAGGCUGCUCUCGAGCGGCAGAGCUACUGUUCUCCUCCCCCUCGAUGCCCAACAUCAGUCUGGGCCGGCCCCAUGCCGCUCCUCCCCGCCACCACGCGCCACCAGCCCCACCGCCGCACCCACCACACCCACCGCACUCCCACACGCCGGUAUGGGGCUGCAAUAUCUCUGUGGGCGCUCCGAUGCCCGUGGGCGUGGGCCCGACGCUCCCCGCGGUGUCGGAGUCGCUGGGCGCGUGGGGCGCUCGCGGCGCCAAGCGGCCCCUGGGCCGCACGCACUCGGCGCCGCUGCCGCUCGGGGACCCCGCGCUGGCGCCGCCCAACGCGCACCACUACCUCAGAGACCAGAUACGGAAAACGGUGCUGACGCGCGCGCACGACGCGGCCGCGGCGCAGCUGCGCGAGGAGGAGGGCGAGGUGAUCGACCUGACGGCGCGGCGGCCGCAGCCCAGCGCCAGCGACACGGCCGUGGCGCCCGCCCCGCCCGCCGCGCCCAGCGAGCCGGCGCCGCUGGCCCGCGCGCUGUCCUCGCCGCUGGUGGGCGCGCGCGCCCCGCCCACCGGCCUGGCCUACGACCCCCUCAUGCUCAAGCACGGGUGCGCGUGCGGCGCCCACGCUCCCACGCACCCGGAGCACGGCGGGCGGCUUCAGUCCGUGUGGGCUCGCCUGUGCGAGACGGGGCUGGCGGCGCGGGCCGAGCGGACGCGACCCAGGAAAGCUACCUUCGAGGAAUUACAGUCUGUCCACACGGAGGCGCACGUGACGCUGUUCGGCGGGCGCUCGCGCGACGGCGCGGCGGGCGGCGCGGGCUCCGUGCGCCAGCUCGUGCGGCUGGCGUGCGGCGGCCUGGGUGUGGACUCGGACACGGCCUGGUCCGAGGCGCACACCGCGCCCGCCGCGCGCGUGGCCGCCGGCGCCGUGCUCGACCUGGCCGUGCGCACCGCGCGCGGGGACCUGCGCAACGGUUUCGCGGUAGUCCGCCCGCCGGGCCACCACGCGGAGCCCAACCAGGCGAUGGGCUUCUGCUUCUUCAACUCGGUGGCGAUAGCGGCGCGCAUCCUUAACACCAGGCACAGGCUGCAGAGGAUACUCAUCGUUGACUGGGACGUGCAUCACGGUAACGGCACGCAACAGAUCUUCUACGAGGAGUCGCAAGUGCUGUACAUGAGCAUCCACCGGCACGACGAGGGCAACUUCUUCCCCGGCACCGGCGCGGCCACCGAGUGCGGCGCGGGAGCGGGGCUGGGCUACACCGUGAACGUGGCCUGGUGCUCCGGGACCAACCCGCCGCUCGCCGACGCCGAGUACCUCGCGGCGUUCCGCUCCGUCGUCAUGCCCAUCGCCAAGGAGUACGACCCGGAGAUCGUGCUGGUGUCGUGCGGGUUCGACGCGGCGGCGGGCCACCCCGCGCCGCUGGGCGGCUACAGCGUGUCGGCGGCGUGCUUCGCGCACAUGACGCGCGAGCUGGCCCAGCUGGCGGGCGGCCGCGUGGUGCUGGCGCUGGAGGGCGGCUACGACCUGCCCGCCGUGUGCGACUGCGCGCAGGAGUGCGUGCGCGCGCUGCUGGGCGAGCGCGGCGCUCCGCUGGCGCUGGCCGAGCUGGCGCGCCCCCCCCACCGCGCCGCGCAGGACGCGCUGCGCACCACCAUCGCCGUGCACCAGCACCACUGGCCCUCGCUGAAACGCUUCAGCCCGCUGGUGAGCAUGUCCGCGCUGGAGGCGGCCCCCGGCGUGGCGGCGGCGCGCCUGGGGCGGCUGCAGACCGAGCGAGACGCCGCCGACACCGCCGCCGCCAUGGCCACGCUGUCCAUGCACCACCCGCCGCCCGACCCCGCCCUCCCCGCCGCCGCCCCGCACGAGCUAAGAUCGGCGGAGAGCUCGCGCUCGGCGUCGGAGGAGCCCAUGGAGCAGGACGAGGGCAAGUGA